AUGGCCAGAUCGCUGGAGCCGCCGCGGUACUACGCGGCCGCGCGCACUAGCCACCACUCGGCCUCCACCUCCGCGGUGGGCUCCUGCGCCGUGGCCUGUCUCUUCCUCCUCCUCGCCGCCGCUGGCGCGGCGACGGCCCUGUUCCUGCUCUUCUGGCCACGCGCGCCGGACAUUUCCGUGGCGGCCGUGCAGCUCCCAUCCUUCUCCUUCGGCAACGGCACCGCCACCUUCACCUUCCAGCAGCUCGCCUCCGUCCGCAACCCCAACCGCGCGCCGCUCGCGCACUACGACAGCUCCCUCCACGUCGGCUACGCCGGCCGCGAGGUCGGCCACAUGUACAUUCCCGCCGGAAAGAUCGACGGCGGACGCACGCAGUUCAUGGCCACCAGCUUCAACGUCCCCGCCUUCCCCUACUCCUCCUCGCCGGACACCAUCACCGUCCCCGCCUCCGGCCCCUCCCCUGCCCUCGCGGCGCUGGGGCGGCAGCAGGCGCCGCCGGUGAUCGAGGUGGACUCCCUGCUGGUCAUCAAAGGAAGGGUCACCGUGCUUCGGGUGCUCACCCACCACGUUGAGGCCUCCAAGCUGUGCCGCAUCGGCGUAUCGCCGGCCGAUGGCCGCGUGCUCGGCUUCCGGUGCUGAAUGCUGAGCUCUCGUGCUGUCGUAUCAAUUUCUUGAACUGGAUCGCUGCAAAAUUCAAAAUAAGGUUGUUUGAUCUAAGCUACUGCAUAGUAGUUCGUUUUUCUUUGGGUUUUUGAGUAUGCGUUUCGUU